UGCGACACAUUCACGCUGAGUCCACCGGCCAGCCAGCGUGCCAACCAGUCAACUAUCCAACGCCGCGCAUUAAUCUGUGAACGUGUGAGUGAAGUGGUAGUAGCGGCACACAACGGUACGCUAGUAGCGCGCUAGUAUUUGGCGAGUAAAAAAUAAAGUGCAUUCGAGCAACGGACGCCACACGACGACGAGGAAUGCAGCUGCUGCGUUGCAGCUGUGAAAACUUUACUUUUGUGAUUUUGAUUUGAGUUUAAAGAACAUUUCAUAUAUUUUCCGUUUUUGUUGGUUUUUUUUUUUUAAUUGAAAUAAAUGUGGCUCGAUUAAAGCUCAAUGUGUUUCUUAACCUGUUUUCUAAAACACUCUACAAUCAAGUUGUUUAAUUGCGCGAGUUUUUUGUGUAAUCACAUACAUAUCUACACACAUAUAUAUCUUUAGACUAUUUCGUAAUUGUUGCUCAUCGCCGGCGAAAUUGUGUGCGUAGUAAAACAACAAAAAUAAGUGAAAAAUAAAACAAAAUAGAAAAUGAAUAACUUAACAAAAACUGAAUUGUUACCAAAGAGCGGACAUGUCACUGAAGUGUGCAAGGAAUGGCUGGUACGUGAAGACAGCGCACUGGCCUAUAAAUUGCAGUCGCAAGAGAUAAAUGACUUCUACAAAGGCAAUCGACAGCGCAAUGCUGUGGUACGUGAAGAUUUUCCCACCGCGCUGAACGAACAAAUCAAAGAGAAGGAAGAGGCGGAGAAGCAAGUGGAAAUGUAUCGGCGACGCCUGCACGAACAGGAAGCGCAUGACAAGCGUGUGGCCAAGGAGAUCGCCGACAAGUUGGAACGUGACUUGCAGGAACAAAGACAGCGUGAGUUGUUGGAGAGCGAAGAGAUGGCGCAGCAGAUGCAGGAGCUGUACGUGAAUUUGCCGCCACCGACGCGUGGCAAGGCGCAAUUGCCACCGCCGCGUCCCGCUAAAGCAAGUAUCUUGCAACAGAAUCCAAAUGAACCCUCAACAUCGAAUGGUAGAUAUUUUGGUGGUGGUAGUAGUGGUGGCAGUAGUAGUAGUACCAGUAGUAGCCAGCACAUGAGUCAUCAACAGCUGUUACAAUCACCACAAACACCGCAACACCAGUCAGCAUUUCAACCAUAUCACAAGCCGCAACAACAACAACAUGAACAAACAUCACCAGAAUCAUAUUUGUUGCAACAGAAUCAUUUCUCACAAACCGAUUGUUAUGUUGGCAUCAGCAUACAAAAGUCACCCUCACUUACAGGAGGAUCAGCGGUAGAUUCACCAUCACCACCAACAUCUUCAACACGCAAACAUCAGCAAACAAAAACAUCAACCAAUGGCGCUUCACACUUAUUGCAUCAACAUCAACACUCAUUGUCCUCCAUUUCAUCGGGUUCGGCUGCAUCGACAUCCUCAGGAGCUGCUGCUGCAGCAAUAAUGGCAACCUCACCGGUACAAUCAUCCUCAUUUCCACAUCAACAUCCACACCAGCAUACACCAACAGCACUACAACAACAACAACAAAAACGCAAUGCGUUCGAUAUGCACCAAAACCCCACACAUGCACCUUAUACUAAUCACUCACCAACCCACACAACAACAACAACAACAACACCACCAGGUGUACACCAACGUCAGCACUCAGUUGAAGAAUUGGUUGAGUACUCAGAUGUUGUUGAUAACAUACGCCAACAGCAUAAUAUGAGUGCAACUGAUGGUGUUGGCCUUACAACCGGUUCACCACAAUCACACCACAACACUUUCAGUAAUAAUCACCCCAUUCCAACCACUGGUGCUUUAAGCAAUCGUCUGCAUUCGGUUUCCAAUGAGAAUUUGCUUAGAAAUGAACAUAAAUUUCAGAAACUCUCACCUGAGAAAUACGAUCAGCUGGUGGGUAAUGAUGGCAGUGGUGGGUGUGGCAUGCCAAAUGCGAUGGCCGCUGAGCGGCAUAUGCAAGCGCAUGCCGAUGACAUCGAAUUGUAUGUGGAUCCGUGUGAUUAUGCGAGCUUAAAGGAGAUCGGCUUGCCGAUGGAGGAGAUCAAGGAGAUGAGUAAGAAGCUGAAACAGGAGCAGAAGGAUGAGCUGUUGGCGCGACGCUUGCAACAAAUGGAGUCACAUGACGGACUCACACAGGAAGAGCGCGAUCGGUUGUUGGCGAUCGAGGCGCAAGACAAAGAGCUGGCGAAAAUGCUGCAAGAUCGCGAGCGCGCCAAAGCGAAACGCGCCAAAGAGAAGGCGCGCCUGCGCAAACAUCAACAAAAGGAUGGCAACACCACACUGUGCUCCUCCAGUGGCAGCUCUUCGAAUGGUCUACAUUGUGGUCCACUGUUACCACUGCCACAGGAUUGCCUCUCAUUCGGCAAGCACUCGUCACAUGCAGCACCCUCACCAACAGCGGUCGCGCCCAACAACUUCCCCUACAGCGCGCAUGCGUCCGCGCAAAAUGGCUUACAUGCGCACGCGGUGACGGAGGAGGAGGAGGCGGACAUCAUCGAUGUGGAGGCCUACUCGAAUCCCAUUGAUGUGCUGCACAAUCAACAACAACGCCAACAACAGAAUGGCACACUCACUAAUGGCAGUCUGACACGUGAGGGUGGACGCCGCAGUAACGGCAGUCUACACAAUGGCAACAUUGCACAACAACACAACAGCAUGUUGCUGCAACGCGGUGAAGAUGAUAUCUACACGCUGCCGGUGGAUAGUUGUCGCCCAGGGCAGCGGCCUACAUCGCUGAACAUUAGCGCGGCCAGUGAUGCGCAACUCUUGCAACACAACUCAAUGACUAGAUCUGAAAACUACUCCAUUGAUUCGCAUGACUCACUGAGCCGUCACGAGCUGGCGCCACGCAUGAACUACUCGCAGUCGAGUACUUUUGGUAUAUAUUUGAAAGCUCAAGCCCCACACCGCCUUAUAUGCCGAUUCAGGGUACGCGACGCUCAAACUCCGGCGACGAGCGGAAAAAGAAGUCAAAAGAUAAGUGUACGCAUCAGUGAAGCGGCGGCCACAAAUUAGUCGAAUUGCUCAUUUACACCUACAUACAUAUAUAUUGAUUAUAUAUUAAGUAUUCGUACAUAUCCUUGUUAUAAACUGCAUAUAUUCAACUAUACAUAUUUAUCAAUAUACAUACUACUCUAAAAGUUAUUCACUAAAACUCAUGAGCGUUUAUUAAAAUUGAAAAUCUCUCAAAUUCAUAUCAAAAGCUUCACUUCACAAGUCUACAUACAUACUCUUAUGUACUUAUUUGUUAAACGCGAUAUUAAAUAAACUUUAUAUUAACAUAGCAAGAGUUAACAGUUAAAUAUAUUUCUGUUAAAAAGGUAAUGAAAAACAAUAAUCAUAGUAUGUAUUUGGUGCGCAUACGCAUUUAUUAUAUAAAUCUCUUACACAUACCUUCACAUAUUAGGUUGGCAAAUAUCUACCAUCCGCUUUUUGGUCUUUGUUCAAUGCUUUAUAAAAAGUGUUACAGUGAUCGAAUAUGCGCCAUUUCAUUCGAUAAUUUGUUGCCAUGUAGACAGCCACUUCUUAAUACCCCCUCGUAGAAGCCCCCUCCUUAUUUGAGAAGAACUCGGAUAGCCACUUUUCACAAGCCUCAUUUUAAGUUCAACUUUACACCACCAAGGGUAUUCGGAAUGGAUAGGAAUAUGUGGUAAUCACUUAGCGCUAUGUCCGGACUAUAUGGUGGAUGCGAUAAUACCUACCAUCCUAGCUUCCAUAACU